CUUACAUCUUCCUAGGACCGCAACUACCACCUCAAGAUGACCUCGGCGGCCAGAGAAAGGGUCAAGAAGGCCAUUCUCCAUGAGCGGCAGGAAGAAGGCUCAAUGCUAUGCGCACAGCAUGCACUGAACAACCUCCUUCAAGGCAACUACUUUGACGCCGCUCAGCUGGCAGAGAUCGCCUCCCAGUUGGACGGACUGGAGAGAGAGAAUUUGAACAUGAGCGAUAGCGAAUGGGGUGAGAGAGACGCAGCUGGUAGAAACGCAGACGAGACGGGGUUCUUCUCGGUCGGCGUCAUCGAAACUGCCCUACAAGUAUGGGGUCUCUCCCUCCUUCGCUGGAAUUCAGCGGACAUGCGGCAGUUUCACAAUGCGCCUGAACAGCAGCUGGCUUUCAUCCUCAACUUGCAAUCACAUUGGUUCUGUUUCCGAAGCUUUGGGUGGGCCGACAAUCUCUGGUUCAAUCUCAAUAGCUUCUUGAAGGAACCCACAUGGGUCGGUACUGGCUACUUGGGAGCACUCCUGGAUCAGAGUCAGACCGAAGGAUACUCAGUCUUUGUUGUCAGACCGACAUCGGCGGAUACACAACAGGCACAUAAUAUUGUCUCGCAGAUCAGGUCAUGUUCCGCAGACGUCGCAGCGUCCUCAGCGGAAUCAUAUGCAUCAGACUCUGACGAAGACGAAGAGCUCAAGAAAGCUUUGGCAGCCAGCUUAGCAUCUCCCGAAGCAGAGAGCUCCACCCAUGGAGCAUCCAGCAGCGGAACUCUCAAUCCCAGCACAUCCAAGUCCAUGCCUCGCAGAAGGAGCAAAAGACAAGGGGACGACGAUCUCCAGGAGGCAUUGACAGCUAGCAUGAGAGCAACGUCUUCCAGAGCAGAUGCUGGCAGGCCCUCAAGGCUGGGAGAAGCAAGUGGCAGCGGAAGUCGGAUUAUCCGCAGCGGCAUCACGAGGGACACUGCGAUCGAUCUGGAAGAGCGUAGCGUAGACGAGGAUCUAAUUGCAGGUCUCGAGUCUGCUCGGUCUCCAUUUCUGCAUCCCUCCCUUCGCGAUCACGUUGGCCCAGGAGAUGCCAUUGAAGAUGAAGUGGAGGAGCUGCACGCUCUCGAUGGCUCCGCGAAUGGCCGUGCUGCUAGACCUAACCCGUCAAUGCCGCUUACCCGUCCUCAGCCCCACGGUAAUGUGAUCGAAAUCUCGAGCGACGACGAGGACAUCGAUGCAGACUUCGAAGAACAAGACUCCCUUGCCUGGAAGGCUGCCACUGCUGCAUUCCAAGAUCUACGGGAUCGAGACUAUGACGACGAGGAUGCAGAACUGCAAAGAGCACUGGCGGCUAGUAUAGCUGCUGGGCCCUCCUCUGCAUCAUCGACCUCUAUCGCCCAGCAAGGACGGCAAUCAAGCCCCGACUUAUCAGGCGGAGUGAGUGCCGAGGAGCAAGCUGAGAUCAUGGCUGCCAUUGCGGCUGCACGAGGUCAGAGGAGCCCCACGCCGGCCGAUGUAGGGCGGAUCGCGAGGAUGAGGGAAGAAGCGAAGCGAAAGGAAAGGGAAGCACGCGAGCGGGAAGAGAGACGAGAGAGGGGCGUGUAUACUCCGGAGCCCGAGUCUGUGCGCAAGAUGAUGGCUAGUGCGAACCAAGGGCAAGGAACCGAGGGGGCAGACGAAGACGAGGAGGACGAGGACGAAGAUGAGGAUCGGGAUUCGAAACAAAUGAGUGCAGAAGAGUUGAGAAAGAUGAGGCUGGCUCGCUUCGGCAAGUAAUCUACAUGCGCCGCCCGUGGAAAUUGCGUGGUGUGAAAUGCGAACGUUCUACCCUAGA